AUGUCAAACAUUUCAGGUGAAGAUACUAAUAAUAAUAAUGGUAGUUUCUCCUCAGAAGAACAACUACAGGAGAAUGAAGAACAGCAACAGUUGCAAUUACAAAAUCACCCUCAUCAUCAUCAUCAUCAUGGUUCAAGUUCUUCUAGUGCUUGCAAAAACAACAACUCCACAAGUCAAGAACAAAAGCAACAAGUUGGAAUCAAGAAGAAAAGAAACCAACCUGGAAAUCCAGAUCCAAAUGCAGAAGUGAUUGCAUUAUCACCAACCACAUUAAUGGCAACAAAUAGAUUCAUAUGUGAGAUAUGCAACAAAGGGUUUCAGAGGGACCAAAACCUUCAGUUACAUAGGAGAGGUCACAAUCUACCAUGGAAGCUAAGGCAAAGAGCAACAACAGAAGAGGCGAUGAAGAAGAGGGUGUACGUGUGCCCCGAAAAAUCGUGUGUGCACCAUAACCCUGCCCGAGCACUGGGGGACCUCACUGGGAUAAAGAAACAUUACAGCAGGAAACAUGGUGAGAAGAAGUGGAAAUGUGACAAGUGUUCAAAGAAAUAUGCUGUUCAAUCUGAUUGGAAGGCUCAUCUGAAAACAUGUGGCACUAGGGAAUAUAAAUGUGAUUGUGGAACUAUAUUCUCCAGAAGGGACAGCUUCAUAACACACAGGGCCUUUUGUGAUGCAUUAACUGAGGAAAACAACAGAAUAAAUCAACAAGGAUUAACAAAUGGGGUGCCACAAAACUUGCAAAAUGAACAAGUCUCUGAUCUUAUAGCCACAAUGCCCCUAAGCAACAGUAAUGCAUCAGAACUCAACAGCAAUAACCAUAACAAUCCACUUAGAACACUCUCACAAGAGAUUGUACCUGUGCCAUUCAAGUCCAUGAGCAUUGGUGGGGGCAUUUUCUCCCCAACAAGUUCAUCAUCAGGUACACUAUUUGGUGGUCCAAAGAGCAUGCACCCUCUUCCUACCUCUUCUUCAAGCCUUCAACUCAGUUCCAACAACUCCACUGGUUUCAAUUACUUCCAAGAUAGCAGCAAGAACUUGGGUCUAGUUUCCAGCUCAGCUCACAUGUCUGCAACUGCAUUAUUGCAGAAAGCAGCACAAAUGGGUGCUGCUGCAAGCAGCAGCAGCAUUAACUCCCCCAUGAUGCAAAAACCCUUUGUUACUACCAUGGCCGGUCCUGACCAAGUUUCUGGUGCUGCUACGGCUAUGCAGCACCAUAACCGUAAUAACCCUCCUUCCUAUGAUCAUCACUUCAAUCCACAGGCUGAUCAAUUUUUUCAUAAAAGGCAGCAAGAAAUGCCACUGAUAUUUGAAGCUAAUAACAAUAGUAAUGAUGGGUCAACAACA